AAACAUUUAUAAUGUUACUAAGAUUACAUAUAGAUAAAAUUAGUGUGAUAUAUACUAUUUAAAAACUGAUACACAAUAGUCAACAAAAAAAGAAAGAUUGAGAUUAUAUCAAAUGGAAGGAGGAGGAAGAAGAGUAGUACUCAAUAAUUACGAUCUACAACAAGUGACAUCGUCAUCGAGGACGAUCCAAGAGAAUAUGAACUUUCUCAUCCCAUUUGAAGAAACCAACAUCUUAACCUUCUUCUCUUCUUCUUCCUCUUCUCUUUCUUCUCCUUCUUUCCCCCUCCACAACUCUUCUUCUACCAUUAAUAGUACUCAUACACCUCUAGGGUUUUCUAAUAAUCUCCAGGGUGAAGGAGUCUUGGGAUCAAAGGUGGUUAAUGAUGAUCAGGAUAAUACUGAAGGUGGAAUUAACAAUGAUGUGCAUUCUAGUUCUUGGUGGAGAUCAAGUAGUACUGGGAGUGGGGAGUCAAAGAACAAAGUGAAGAUACGGAGGAAACUAAGAGAGCCAAGAUUCUGUUUCCAGACAAAAAGCGAUGUUGAUGUUCUGGACGAUGGCUACAAAUGGCGUAAAUAUGGUCAGAAAAUCGUCAAGAACAGCCUUCACCCCAGGAGUUAUUACAGAUGCACGCACAACAACUGUAGGGUGAAGAAGAGAGUGGAGCGGCUGUCGGAAGAUUGUAGAAUGGUGAUUACUACUUACGAAGGUCGUCACAGCCACAUUCCCUCUGAUGAUUCCACUUCUCCUGACCAUGAUUGUCUUUCUUCCUUCUAAUCUUUAUCCUUAUCUCCCUACUUAUAUAUAUAUAGACAGAAAUAUGCACACAUAGAUGUGUGAUCUAUCGCAUAUUUGAUAUUGCAUGUAUACUUUUGGUGUCAAAUUGCAUGUGUUUUUCAUGAGUAUAUCAUCAGAUGUUUUAUUUAUAUUCUUGACUUUUCUUUUGUAAUACAUAUAUAUAUACUCCCAGUCGAUA